CACGUUGGUUUGCCAAACCGACAUUAAACACCAGAAGAAAAAAACUGAAACAGCAUCUUGGACACAGAGCAGCAAACAGGAGGAAAAUAAAUCCACACAUGUGCACUGUAGGUGGCAGUAUGCAGCUAUGAAGUUGCUUCACAACCUACCAUGAAAUCUAAAGAAGAAGAAGAAGAAGAAGAAGAGACAAACGUGAGCAGAGCAGAAAAAUAAAUCCACACCCGUGCACUGAUAACGAUGGAAAUGGAAGAGGAAGUGAAUGAAGUGGAGGAGAGACAAACAUCAACGAAGAAAAGAGGAACCAAACAUUCAGUCAUUUUCCAUCAGCAUAGAAAGAGUUUAACAAGUAAAGGACACCACAGUGAUGACACGAGCAAGAAUAAUAAAGAGAGACCUUACGCGUGCCAGCAGUGUGGAAAGAGUUUCAAACAAAAAACUAAACUUCACGCACACACAAUGAUUCACACUGAAGGAAACACCAGAAUAUGUCCUGAGUGUGGAAAGAGUUUUACUCGAAAAGAAAGCCUUAAAGCUCAUAUGAGGAUUCACACUGGAAAGAAACCUUACACCUGUCCUCAGUGUGGAAAGAGUUUUACAGCUGCAUAUACAAUUAAGACACAUUUAAGAACUCACACUGGAGAGAAGCCGUACGAAUGUCAGCAGUGUGGAAAGAGUUUUGCACAAAGAGGGACCCUUACAAUUCACGAACGCAUUCACACCGGAGAAAAGCCGUACACCUGCUCUCAUUGUAAAAAGAGUUUUACAACAAAAGACAUUCUUAAAAAUCAUAUAAAAGUACACACUGGAAAGAAACCUUUCAUGUGCACUCAGUGUGAAAAGAGAUUUAGAAGUAGAAGUGAACUUGACAAUCAUAUGAGAAAUCACACUGGAGAAAAACCAUUCACCUGCACUCACUGUGGAAAGAGUUUUACAACCAAAGACGGUCUUAAGAGUCACACAAAAGUACACACUGAAGAGAAACUCUACUUAUGUCCUCAGUGUGAAAAGAGAUUUCGAAGUAAAAGUGAACUUGACAGUCAUAUGAGAAGUCACACUGGAGAGAAACCCUUCACCUGCACUCACUGUGGAAAGAGUUUUAGACAUUCAAACACCUUUAGGACACACGUGAGAAGUCACACUGGAGAGAAACCGUAUAAAUGUCUUCAUUGUGGAAAGAGUUUUACGAAUAGAAGUGAACUUAAGGAACACACAAGAAUUCACACCGGUGAAAAACCUUUCAGUUGCCCUCAGUGUGGAAAAAGUUUCAUAAAGAAAACAUCCAUGAAGAUUCACUUGAGAACUCACACCGGCGAGAGACCUUACACGUGUACUCAAUGUGAAAAGAGUUACACGACUUCAGCAAAUCUCAAGGUUCAUCAGCGCACUCAUUCUGAAGACCGCUUCUUCAACUGUGACGUGUGUGGGAAAAAAUUCAUUACAACAUCUUCACUAAACAGACACCAAAAAAUUCAUAGCGGUGAAAAGCCUUACGCGUGUUCUGUUUGUGGAAAGAGUUUUGCACUGAAUCAAAAUUUGAGAAUGCAUCAGAAAAUGCAUAGCGAUGAGAAAAGCUAUCACGUGUGCUCUGAGUGUGGGAAAUAUUAUGUGACGGCUAGUGGUCUGAAAACGCACCAAAAAACCCACACUGGAGAAAAACCAUACGCGUGUUCACAAUGUGGAAAUCGAUUCAUUACUCCACAUCAGUUGAAAAGACACGAGCAAGUUCAUACUAGAGAAAAAACAUACACAUGUUCACAUUGCGGGAUGAGGUUUUCUGAAUUAUGUAACUUGAAAAGACACAAGAAAACUCAUACUGCAGACAAACUGAAUAAUUGCCAUCUCUGUGGAAAGAGUUUCACUUCAUCCAGUAGCUUAACAAGACAUAAAAAAUUAUUUUGCCCAAAGAAAUCGCAAAACUAACCUCAUAAGUAAAUAACAUCUGUGACCCGUGCUGGCAAAAUGAGACUGAAUGAGCAAAUGUUUAGAAAUGAGCUUAAAUUAUGACAUUCUUAUAAAAAAAAUGGGUUAGCUUUCUUGAGCCACAUCAUGUUGGAAUGAUGGUAGGUAAACUACUUGUUGUUUUUCUUUUGUGUGUGUGUAUUUGAAUGUUCUAGUGAUGUUGUAUUUUUGUAGUUUGUUGUAUAGAAAUCAUAAUUCUGACCAUGGUUAUGUGUUUCAAAUGGUUUAAUUCACUGCUACUCCAGAACAUUAACUCAGCGAGCACCACAACAUUCAGUUUCUAUGAACUUAAAUAUCUUCGUUUGUUCUUCACAUAAAGCUAUCAAUUGUAUUAGGAAGACUUCUUUGCUUUAUAAGCUUACUUUGUAGUUUAUAAAAAGGUUUAUGGUGCUUUUAUAAUAAUCUGACCUUUCUAACAGUAACAACCAUAGAUAACACACAGUAUUAAACGGCUUUGGUUCGAUCCCGUUACUUUGAUACCUGAACCAGCAAAAAAGCUCCAGGUCGGCUCGGUACCGAUCCCAAGUAUCAGAUUGGUGCACCCAUAGUUUUUCCACCAUUGAAUUGUAAACCAAAUGUGUGUCUUCUGUGUAAAUGUGUUUAACUUUGAGUCUAUUUUUAUCAUUAUAACAUUAAAUGUAUCUUUUCUGUAUCUUGUAUCUGUAU